AUGUGUCGUUAUAUAUUCAUAUUUUUCUUUAUAUUAUUUUUUGAUUAUAUUCAUGCAAAAUCAAAAAAUAUAGAUUAUUAUACAUUUGCUCUUUUAUCUGAUAUUCAUAUUGGUGAUACAGGUGCAAAUGCAUUAGGUAGAGCACGUUCAGCUGUAGCUAAAAUAAAUCAACUUGCAGAAAAUGUAACAACAAAUUUACAAGCUGUUUUUAUUACUGGUGAUUUAACUAAUUCUGCAUUACCUUCUCAAUAUGCAACAGUUCGUGAUGUUCUAAAUAAUUUAACUGUACCAUAUUAUCCAAUAAUUGGUAAUCAUGAUCAAUGGUUAUACAAUUCAACAUGGGAAGAUAUAGCACCUGUUGGUGAUCAACUAUUUGCUGAAACAUUUAAACAUAUACUUAAUCAAUCAAAUAUAAUUAAUUAUCCAAAUGGAACAGUAUGGAAUCCAAUACAUUCAUGUCAAUCAUGGUUUCAAAACUAUAGGAUUCAAAUAAAUAAUAAUGUAUUCAUUUCACUUGAUUGGAGUAGUCGUCAUCAUGCUGCUGGUUCACUUGGUUAUAAAGGAUCAAUGCCUGGUGCUGAUUUAUAUGAUUUUAAUGGUGGUACAUUUUUAUGGCUUGAAGAACAAUUAAAACAACUUGAAAAACAAUCUUCAACUAUUGUUCUUUUACAACAUCAUCCAUUUCGUGCACCAUUUUAUAUUCCAGGUGAAAUAUAUGCAUUUGGUGAAACUAAACGUUUACGUAUUGAACAUUUAUUACGUCAACAUACAUUAUUAAAUUAUUUUGGUGUUUUUGCUGGACAUUUUCAUAUGUGGUCGGAUGGAAAAGCAUUUGAUAAUAUGCCAAAAUUUCGUCAAUUUGAAACAGAUGCUUGUAAAGUUGCACAAGCUAUUGCUUUCGUUACAGCAAAUAUUAAAACUGGAGAAAUUGUAAAGAUUGAAAAGAUGUAUGGUGAUGAUCCAACAAAAUUAUAG